AUUCUUUUCAUUUAGGUAAAUAGUGGGUGAGGUGGAUCGUCUCCAUUCGUGAAAGUCAUUCACUCGAUGAGAAGUAGUUGAAUCGAAGUCGGUUGCUCUUUGUUCUCCAAGCGUUAUCGAUCCACGGCGACGAAUUUCUAGCGCUUCAGUUAUCGUUUACCUAAUUUUGACGGACCUUGUACAACGAUCGCCUACGUUCUGUUCGUUCGUUCCGAUGGCAGUUGCAUCCGAAGCGACCACAAGCUUAUGCAGUCACUGCGGCCGAGACAUUCCGUCGACAAAUAUCGAUCUGCAUUCUGUUCAUUGCGAGCGGAACCUAGAGAAAUGUAAAAUAUGCGGCGAUAUGGUUCCUAAAAGACAUGCGGAGGAACAUUUCCUGAACACCCAUGCUUCUGUUUCCUGUUCGCUGUGUAGCGAGACCAUGGAACGGGACAUUUUAGCCAUUCAUAAAGGUGAAAAUUGCCCUCAAAGGAUUGUUACUUGCGAGUUUUGUGAGUUCCCAUUGCCAGCAAUAGAUUUGGCCGAGCAUCAAGAGGUUUGUGGUAACCGGACCGAGCUUUGUCAUCUGUGUCGCCGAUAUAUAAGACUGCGAGAAAGAUAUAGUCAUGAGAAUAAUUGCGAGAAUGUUGCAGCAGCAGAUAAUAUAGCAGAGUCUUCCAGGGAUGUGGGGUCAGCACCACCAGAAAGAGAAGAAGCUAGAGGUCGAGGCGCUCGAAGAAGACAGCCGCAGGAGUUUUCUACCCGACGCCUUAUAUUCACUAUUGCAAUAACAGGUAUUGCCGUUCUAUUAGGAUCCUUAUUUUUCCAGAAAAAGGGCGAGAACAAUGUGGUACACUGAUUGCUGGUGAGGUGAGGUAGGUUACCACAGAUCCUCCUAGUCCACAGAGUGGAGAAUAUUCCAUGUAAAAAAGGAAAAAGAAACCCUUCCAUUUUUCUGUACCAAGAAUAUUAUUAGACAACUACUGUAAACUCAUAACAUUUGGGCGGAGAUUUCGAUCCAACGGCUCUACUCCUUUGUUCUUAAGGCUAUGUAUGAUGAGUUUGAAUCUCUUCUCA